GCGCCCGGGGCAGCCGCCGCCGGCCCGGACAUGGAGCGGCGCCGGGAGGCGGCGGGCGGCGUGCAGAUGUGCCAGACCGUCUUCCCGGGGCACGCCAACCACCGCGGCGAGCUCAGCGCCGGGCAGCUCCUCAAGUGGAUCGACGCCACCGCCUGCCUCGCAGCUGAGAAGCAUGCUGGUGUGUCUUGUGUGACGGCGUCUAUGGAUGACAUACAGUUUGAAGAGACUGCCAGGGUUGGACAAAUUAUUACCAUCAAAGCAAAAGUGAACAGAGCAUUCAGUACCAGCAUGGAGGUUGGCAUCAAGGUUGCAGUACAGGAUACUUUGGCUAAUGUAGAAAAACUUGUGAGUGUGGCAUAUGCAACAUAUGUAGCCAAACCAGCUGGUGCUGGAAAGAUUGAAUUGAAACCCGUAAAACUUCUGUCUAGACAAGACCACCUGGAACAUAGCCUGGCUGCUGAGAGAAGAAGAAUCCGACUGGACUAUGAACAAGCCUGUCAGAACCUAGUGCAGGAGAGUAAUAAGGAAGACGAUUACUGUGAUACUCUUAAAGAGGAAGAUGCGGUUUCAACUGACCUUACUCAUGUGCAGAGUAUUGAGCUUGUCUUGCCCCCUCAUGCAAACCAUCAUGAAAAUGCUUUUGGUGGCCAGAUCAUGGCUUGGAUGGAGACAGUAGCCAGUAUUUCAGCAAGCCGCCUUUGUCGUUCGUAUCCCGUCUUGAAAUCUGUUGAUAUGUUUAAAUUCCGGGGACCAUCCGUCGUGGGUGACCGCCUUGUCUUCAAUGCAAUUGUGAACAAUACAUUUCAGAACAGUGUGGAGGUUGGUGUCCGUGUUGAGGCUUAUAACUGUGAAGAAUGGAUCAAGGACCAAGCACGGCAUAUUAACAGCGCUUUUCUUAUUUUUAAUGCUGUAAAUGACAAAGGAGAGCUGCUCGCCUUCCCCAGAGUUAAACCUACUACAAAGGAUGGCAUGAGGCGGUAUCGUGGAGCUAUUGCACGAAGGAGAAUUCGACUAGCCAGAAAAUACAUCCUUUCUGCUAAGGAAGACAAACCUUCUGAUCCCUGGGAGAGAAGCAACCAGGUGUAUUUGAGUUACAGCAAUAUAGCCACGCUGACGCACCUGGCAGCAAAACCUGGAUGGGAAAUAACCAGUACACUGGAUGAUAUAAAAAUAUGGACUCAUGAGGAGGGUGAUGUCUUGUCACUCAAAGUAGAAAUGCAAGUGAAGAUACCAUCAGAUCUAGCUUUCUCCCUUCUGUCUGACUUCACACACUGCCAACAAUGGGACAAACAUUACUUAACUUGUGAGGUCCUACAAGCUGUGCAUGAAGAUGAGAGAAUUUAUUACGUUACAUCUCCAUCCGUGAGUGGCCAUAAACCCAAAGACUUUGUGGUUCUUGUGUCUCGCAGGCAACCCUGUAAGCCCAGUGAACCCUACAUAGUAGCUGUGAAGUCGGUUACCCUGACAUCUAUGCCACCUUCUUCAGAGUACUGCAGAAGUGAAAUCCUUUGCGCUGGAUUCCAGAUCUAUAGUGACAGCAGCAGCUCCUGUACGGUGUGUUACUUCAAUCAAGUGACAUCAGGUGUUCUGCCUCACUUAGCUGCAAAUCUCACUGGCUCAUCAAAAUCCAUUGAAGACACUGCUUUGGCUUGUAUCAAGUUCUUGGAGCUGGAAGGCAGCAAGUACUGAAGUCUAGAGCCCUCUUCAGAAAUUUGUUUCUGAGAUUAUCAAGCAGUACUGGUUUGAGUUCCUGUGUACGUGCUAAUCAUUGUUCUACAGGCUAGUUACUUUGGGUCAUGGAGCUGAUUUUCAGUGUGAGCUUCAGAAUAUCUAGCACCUGCACUUCCUGUUGAUUUAAGAUUUGGCCUUAGGCUCUAAAUUGAAAUUUUUAAUUUUAAAAAGAUGAGAGACAGAUUCUGCUCUUAAUUGCACUAAUUUAUUUUGUAUAACAAGAGGCAGACUUUGGCCCAGUAGGUCUGUAUAUCAUGAGACUAUGUCACCACUAUAACAUAUUGAACAUAAUGAAAUCCAGUCAGUGGUUAGACGGAGAGG